AUGAAGGCGCUCGGAGGUCUGCAAACUGUGACCAUUUUCAUGCAAGUCGAGCAUGGCCGUGGACGACAUGCGACAGAGCUCCAUGUGAUGGAGUUCAAUGAGAUGCUGAAGUACUCGUGGCUGAAUAUGCUCGUAUACUUCGUUGCCACUUGGACCGUCAAGAUGAGCAUCCUGGCGUUGUAUUACAGGAUUGGGGCUGGUGUGAGAGGGCUUCCUUGGGUAGUGCAAGCGCGGGGAGUAUGGGUGACGGCUGGCGUGAUGACGGCGGCAGCAGUUGCCAGCUUCAUGGUGAGCCCAAAAAUCCUCGAGAAUCAAAAGUUUUUGCUGACCCUAGCCCAGGCACAGCUCCUUGCCUGUCUUCCGGUUUCGAGAGCCUGGGACAUCGAACGACAGCCAGAAGGUUGUAUCAACGGCGCACUCUUCAUGCAGAUUUCAGCGGCGAUCAACGUGGGCACAGACAUAGUCUUACUACUCUUCCCGCUGCCACUGCUGCCUCUGAUGAAGUUCAACAAGAAACAGCGAACUGCGCUUGCAUUGAUAUUCUCCAUCGGUCUAGUCCCUGUCAUAGCAAGCACGAUGCGUCUCUGCGAAAUCGCCAUGUCGGGCAGUCCGACAUCGACCAGCAUGUCGUGGCAAGACGGAGAUUCGAGCUGGACGUGGGCAUGGGUACCUAUCUGGUCGCAGAUAGAAGUCGACAUCGGCAUUGUUGUGGCUUCUUUACCAAGCCUAAAUCCGCUUUUGAAGCACGUCUGGGCACCUCCCUCGAUGCGAAGGUCUGCGACCCCAUCUGAGCUGCCUGACUUCCCCGAGUACCAGAAGAGUUGGGACGAGCGGAAGUCACCGAGUGAUACAGAAUUCGACGUGGAAGGAUCUCUUAAGAGCGAUUCAGAGACCUUUUACGAGGAGAGCUCGGAUGAUGAGGACGAUUCGGGAGCCGCGAAACCAGGCGUUUUGAGCAAAGCCCUGCCACCAUUACCAUUAGGCUCGAAGAGCUCAAAGAGCUGGUGGAGAAGACUUAGAGCAAUGAAAUAA